GUGAAUUACCCAACAAUGGCAAGUUUAUAGUUUUUGAAUUUUCAUCUGCUAUAACAGCAUUACUUGGCCCAGCCGUUAUGGUGGCAUAUUAUCUUGCAGCUGAACCGCUGUUGUGUUAUGAUGAUCUGGUAGCGGCAGUGGAUGUUGUUGGA